GACUACUCUGAUGAAAUACUGUAUUGUAUUUGUCGCAAGCCAUACGACAUUCCACGCUUUAUGAUUGCCUGCGACAGGUGUGACCAGUGGUUUCAUGGUGAAUGCAUCGGCAUCAGCGAAAAGGAAGGCGAGUUCAUUGACCUGUACUUUUGCGACGAGUGC